AUGCCACUGGCGCAGCUGGCGGGCCUGUGGCAGAAGAUGGCUGUGGAGAGCCCGUCCGACAGCGCAGAGAAUGGACAGCAAAUUAUGGAUGAACCUAUGGGAGAGGAGGAGAUUAAUCCACAAACUGAAGAAGGCAGCAUCAAAGAAAUUGCAAUCACUCAUCAUGUAAAGGAAGGACAUGAAAAGGCAGAUCCUUCUCAGUUUGAGCUUUUAAAAGUAUUAGGGCAGGGAUCAUUCGGAAAGGUUUUCUUAGUUAAAAAAAUCUCAGGCUCUGAUGCUAGACAGCUUUAUGCCAUGAAAGUAUUGAAGAAGGCCACAUUGAAAGUUCGAGAUCGUGUUCGGACAAAAAUGGAGCGUGAUAUCUUGGUAGAAGUUAAUCAUCCAUUUAUUGUCAAGUUACAUUAUGCUUUUCAAACUGAAGGGAAGCUGUAUCUUAUUUUGGAUUUUCUCAGGGGAGGAGAUUUGUUUACACGCUUAUCCAAAGAGGUGAUGUUCACAGAAGAAGAUGUCAAAUUCUACUUGGCUGAACUUGCGCUUGCUUUAGACCAUUUACAUAGCCUGGGAAUAAUCUAUAGAGACUUGAAACCAGAAAACAUACUUCUUGAUGAAGAAGGUCACAUCAAGUUAACAGAUUUUGGCUUGAGUAAAGAGUCUAUUGACCACGAGAAGAAGGCCUAUUCUUUUUGUGGAACUGUGGAAUAUAUGGCUCCAGAGGUAGUUAAUCGUCGUGGUCAUACUCAAAGUGCUGAUUGGUGGUCUUUUGGUGUGCUGAUGUUUGAAAUGCUCACUGGUACCCUACCUUUCCAAGGAAAAGAUCGAAAAGAAACAAUGACUAUGAUUCUUAAAGCCAAACUUGGAAUGCCACAGUUUUUGAGUCCUGAAGCGCAGAGUCUUUUGCGAAUGCUUUUCAAGCGAAAUCCUGCUAACAGAUUAGGCGCAGGACCAGAUGGAGUUGAAGAAAUUAAAAGACAUUCAUUUUUCUCCACGAUAGACUGGAAUAAACUAUACAGAAGAGAAAUUCAUCCACCUUUUAAACCUGCAACUGGCAGACCUGAAGAUACAUUCUAUUUUGAUCCUGAAUUUACUGCAAAAACUCCCAAAGAUUCACCUGGCAUUCCACCUAGUGCUAAUGCACAUCAGCUUUUCCGGGGAUUUAGCUUUGUUGCGAUCACGUCAGAUGAUGAAAGUCAGGCUAUGCAGACAGUUGGUGUACAUUCAAUUGUUCAGCAGCUGCACAGGAACAGUAUUCAAUUUACGGAUGGAUAUGAAGUCAAAGAAGAUAUUGGAGUUGGCUCCUAUUCUGUUUGCAAGAGAUGUAUACAUAAAGCCACAAACAUGGAGUUUGCAGUGAAGAUUAUUGAUAAAAGCAAGAGAGACCCAACAGAAGAAAUUGAAAUCCUACUUCGUUAUGGCCAGCAUCCAAACAUUAUUACUCUGAAGGAUGUAUAUGAUGAUGGAAAAUACGUAUAUGUUGUAACAGAGCUGAUGAAAGGUGGUGAAUUACUGGAUAAAAUUCUUAGGCAGAAAUUUUUCUCUGAACGAGAAGCCAGUGCUGUCCUGUUUACUAUAACCAAAACUGUGGAAUAUCUUCAUGCACAAGGAGUGGUUCACAGAGACUUGAAACCCAGCAAUAUUCUUUAUGUGGAUGAAUCUGGUAAUCCUGAAUCUAUUAGAAUUUGUGAUUUUGGUUUUGCAAAACAACUCAGAGCUGAAAACGGUCUGCUUAUGACCCCAUGUUACACUGCAAAUUUUGUUGCACCAGAGGUUUUAAAACGACAAGGCUACGAUGCUGCUUGUGAUAUCUGGAGUCUUGGUGUCCUCCUCUAUACAAUGCUCACUGGUUACACUCCAUUUGCAAAUGGUCCUGAUGAUACCCCAGAAGAAAUACUGGCUCGAAUAGGUAGUGGAAAAUUCUCACUCAGUGGUGGUUAUUGGAAUUCUGUUUCAGAUACAGCAAAGGAUUUGGUGUCAAAGAUGCUUCAUGUAGACCCUCAUCAGCGACUAACUGCUGCCCUUGUGCUCAGACAUCCCUGGAUCGUCCACUGGGACCAACUGCCACAGUACCAACUCAACAGACAGGAUGCACCCCACCUCGUCAAGGGUGCCAUGGCAGCUACAUAUUCUGCUUUAAACCGUAACCAGUCACCAGUUUUGGAACCAGUAGGCCGCUCCACUCUUGCUCAGCGGAGAGGUAUUAAAAAAAUCACCUCAACAGCUCUGUGA